AAAUGCAAAAGUUAUGGGAUAUAGAGGUUUGCACCCAGGUUCCAGAAACUUACCAAGGCUUGGGAAUGGGCAGAAGGAUUGGAUUUCCCACAGGAAGCCCUAAGAGACCACUGAACCCUAAAUCAGAGCAGAGACCCUGGGAUGCUGGAGAUGCCCAAACUUGGUAUGUCCACCAUGGAAAGCUGCACACACAGCGUGGAGACCUCAAGGGAAAGGCCAGGUUUGCUGCAGGUGGGGAGCUGGAGGGAAAGGCAGCUGUGCCCAAAGCAGCUGAGCCCAAGGCAGCUGUGCCCAAAGCAGCUGAGCCCAAGGCAGCUGUGCCCAAGGCAGCUGAGCCCAAAGCAGCUGAGCCCAAAGCAGCUGUGCCCAAGGCAGCUAUGCCCAAGGCACCUGAGCCCAAAGCAGCUGAGCCCAAAGCAGCUGUGCCCAAGGCAGCUAUGCCCAAGGCACCUGAGCCCAAAGCAGCUGAGCCCAAGGCAGCUGAGCCCAAGGCAGCUGAGCCCAAGGCAGCUGUGCCCAAAGCAGCUGAGCCCAAGGCAGCUGUGCCCAAGGCAGCUGUGCCCAAAGCAGCUGAGCCCAAAGCAGCUGAGCCCAAAGCAGCUGAGCCCAGGAGAGCUGAGCCCAAAGCAGCUGAGCCCAAAGCAGCUGAGCCCAAAGCAGCUGAGCCCAGGAGAGCUGAGCCCAAAGCAGCUGAGUCCAAGGCAGCUGAGCCCAAGGCAGCUGAGCCCAAGGCACCUGAGCCCAGGGCAGCUGAGCCCAGGGCAGCUGAGCCCAGGGCAGCUGUGCCCAAAGCAGCUGAGCCCAAAGCAGCUGAGCCCAAGGCAGCUGUGCCCAAAGCAGCUGAGCCCAAAGCAGCUGAGCCCAAGGCACCUGAGCCCAAGGCAGCUGAGCCCAGGGCAGCUGUGCCCAAAGCAGCUGAGCCCAAGGCAGCUGUGCCCAAAGCAGCUGAGCCCAAGGCAGCUGUGCCCAAAGCAGCUGAGCCCAAGGCAGCUGUGCCCAAAGCAGCUGAGCCCAAGGCAGCUGUGCCCAAAGCAGCUGAGCCCAAGGCAGCUGAGCCCAAGGCAGCUGAGCCCAAAGCAGCUGAGCCCAGGGCAGCUGAGCCCAGGGCAGCUGAGCCCAGGGCAGCUGAGCCCAGGGCAGCUGAGCCCAGGGCAGCUACAUCCAAGCCUCGGAGCUGCAACACUCAAUGUCUGCCCAGCUGCAUGUUGGUCUCAUAUUGGCCCAAUCCUUCUUUGCUGUGCUCCCGUCCCUCCCGUUUGAAACAGCAAUAUUAUUCUGUGUCAUUUAUGUCAGGAGCAUGUAACUUGUUUACCAGUUUUUAUAGAGGCCCAAAGUUACGAAUUUAUCUUGAGUCGAAGAAGAGACUCCGCACUUUUGAGCGACGUAGGAACUAGCAGAUGCUACAGAGGCUUUUGGGUGUGUUUUACUUGUAACUUAAACGUUUUAACCUCCCUUGUAACCCACCACCCACCAGAGGGAGUGGAAAAGAAAGGAUAUGGGAGAAGUGGAACUGUUUAGAAAGGUUCUUUGGAGCAACUCCCAUUUGUGUUGUCUGGAAAUCAGCAGUUCAGUUCAUGGGUUAGUAGGCAGUGGUAGCUCGAUCCACUUGCAAACACCUCACUACACCAGCAGUCAAGUUCGGUAGAGUUGGCUUAGCAACAGGUGGUGACAUGACCUGCAGAGACAGCCAGGCCUCAGCCUUGGCUCGAGUCAGCAGGAGGGGCCAGCAGGAACACCAGGAGAAGUUCUCAGCUGUGCCUCUCAGGGAAGUGAGGAUCAUCUAAGAUGGGAGAUCCACAAGUGUUGCAAAGCUAGUUGUACCAGCGAGCCAAGCUCUGUCUCCACCACUCCAUGGGGUUCUAUUUAUGCCCUCCAAACGUCACAUGUCCUCCAUGUGCUGGCCUCCAGCACAUGCAUCCAAUCAGCUCGAGUCUGCUGAAGCAGCAACAAACUGCAGCACACCACCAGAACUUUUUGGGGGUGGGGUGGGGUGGGGUGGGGUGUGUUUCUUUCUCUCUAUUGAGUCCUGACUAAUCUCUCCUGUGUCUGCUUCAGCAAAAUGUUCCUCCACGAGUCUACCUUAGCCUUUCACACCUGUGUCCACUUUAACAAAACAUUCCUUCAUAUGUUUGCCCCAGCAAAACACCUUCCAACUGACUUUCCAAAGAACCCUUAAGUUUCCACUUCAUUUACUAGCAUGUAUUUUACUAGCAUGCAUUUUAUUAGCAUGUAUUUCACUAGCAUGUAUUUCACUAGCAUGUAUUUCACUACUGAAAUGAGCUAGUAAAUGUCCCUUUAAGGCACAGGGUAGAAUAUUUCCAUUUAGAAGUACUGUGUCUGGCUGUCAAGUUUCUAAGAGGUGGAGUUGUCAACCCAGAAUCACCUAGAAGACACAGCACAUCUGCAAAGGGGGUUCCAGAGAGGCUUAACAGAAGAGAAGGCCCUCUUGGAAUACAGGCAGUGCUAUCCCAUAGGUUGGUACUUUAAAUGAAAUGAAAUGGAAUAAUAAAUAAAAAGGAGACAGCAAGCUGAGUUUCAGUGUUUCCCCCUCAUUGUUUCCUAAGAGAAGAUGCAAUGAGCCCUCUUGGCUGCCAGGUAACUAACUUCCCCUCCACAGUGUCCUUGAUCCUGGCAGGCUGUGAGCUAAGAGAAAGAUAACCCUCUGGUCUUUAAGCUGCGUUUGUUAGCUGUUUGUCAUAGCAAGGGGUAAAGUAACCAAUGGACGGAUUCGACACAGUCGCAAUGGCCAGUGCACCGAGGUCAAGGAAUGGGCUGCUUGCUUUGAUGGAGACACUUUCUUUGAAUGAUAUACUACAGUUAUCAUGCUAAAAAGAGCAAAGUGUCCUAAUGCCAAGCUUAACAUACGCGGACCCUCACAGGAUCCCUAGAUCAACCACCCUGAACUGAACUGGAACUUUUCAGAGGAAACCGCAAAGCUACCAGUCCUGACAUUUUGGCAUCGAUUGCUAUUCUACAAAUUAAAGAAAACAGUAACAAUACCUAUCUGAAGAUGCCAGGAACCCUCUAAGUGUCCUACAAGUGUCCCACUUAAGUGUUUCACAAGGUAUGGAGGAGAUGAUGUCACAGGGUCAAACUCUAGAACUCACAGGCACAUACCAUGGGCAUGGUGCACAGUUUUCUUUCUCAUUUCUCUCUCAAUAAUCAGGUCCCCGCUGAUUGAUUAUUCCCGCAGGUCGGGGCAACAUGCAAGGUUACCAUCUAGGAUGCACACCAACCUAUCCCUUAAACAUAUGAGGGAAAGAGGGAGAACGGUUCGUGACUUUACAUUCACGAUUCUUUUCUACAUGGGCUGUUAACGACAGGUCACACUUAGUACACAAUCCAGUAGCAACCCAGGCUGUUACUCAGAUGGACUUCUGGCUAGGAUGGCCUACAAGAUAGAAAGUGUGUUAGGCAGAAGCAAAUGUUUUACUGGAUGCAUGCAGGACACGGUGUCACCCAGGUUUCAUAAUCUUCUUGAAAUACAUGCCUAUUAUAUGCACUUUUCUCGUUCUGUGGAGUGAAUGUAUUUGGAAUGAAGAGUUAGGGGUAUAAAGCUCUCAUGGGAAAUUUGCAAUCUCUCCCAAGUUCGUUGUUAUCCACUAGCAUUCUCAGAAGGCUUUUGUUCUUAAAAUUCUUAGAAAUCUAGAGAAUCUCUAGUAGAGACUUUGGUGAGCCCAGAACUCCCCAGGCCUAAAAAGGCAGGCAGUGAGGACCCACCUCAGGGGGCUUACAAGUGUUUGAAGGCUCCUUUCUGGAUGGUUAUCCGCUUUUUCCAAGAAGCAUCACACGAUAUCCAAUUGCUUUUUUUUAUUAUUAUUAUUUAAACCUUAAGAAAUUGUAGCACAGUGACUAGAAAAUGUCCUCAGAAUGUCAGCAACGAGGUAGAGACCCCGCAAGUCACGUGCAGGCCUUCCUUUCCUUACAGAGAGUCAUCGGCCGCCCAACACAAACAUGCCCCCAUCUCUGAAGUGAAGAGCCAGGCAGGCACACGGGGCCCCUUUGAUCACCAGCCAGAGAGAACGUUGAGCUUUGCUCUGAGGCCAGUUAAAAAGUGAGAGGGAGCAGUGGGGAGGGAAAACCAAAGCAGACAGACAGGGAUGGACAGGGUGGUCCGCAGACCUCCAUGAUGGCCAAAGGGGAAGGAAGAUCUCCCUAGAGGCCACUCCUUUAGGAGGUACCAGGAACGCUUUCUGGUGUUGUUAGGGCUGCUGGGGGCAGGAAGCCAAGCACGUGAAGUACUGGCAUUUGCGCUGAGUGCAGACGGGAUAAAGCCGUGCUGUGCCAGGCUGGAGGGCAGAGGCAGUGCCCUCACCACCCAACUUGCCUAGAGGAACAGCCCUUCCACCCCUCCCCCACCAGUGUUGCUAACUUUGCCCCUUUGGCAUUAACCAUUUAAAAUCAAUAAGUAGCUUUUUUUUUUUUUUUUAACUCAUCUGGUGUCUAAUGUAGCUCCCUCUGUAAGGCCUCUUGGUUGGCAAAGCUUGCACCAAGAAGGAUGGAGAGGAGAGAUGGAGACAGAGAGAGAGAGAGAGAGAGAGAGCGCAAAGAUCUCUACAAGGAAAAAAUAUAAUUGGUCUUU